AGAUUGGGGGAUAUUUCACUAACGACGGUAUUCGACAGUCUCAGUGGAUUUAUACGGUUGUUUCAUUUGGAGCAAAUUUAGGCCAACCCUCACCCAGGAUUUCAUGAUGGACCAGAAUCUGUUUGGUGGGGCUCCCAGAUUCAUAACACGGCCCAAGGCGUUUUCUGUGUGUGUGGGUAGGGAUGCCUCAUUGAGUUGCACCAUUGUGGGCAGUCCUGUCCCAGUUGUCACAUGGGAGAAAGAGAAACUCAAACUCUCAGCUGGUGGCCGUUUCAAAACAGUGGAGGAUGGUGAUGUCUAUCGCUUGACCAUCUAUGAUCUGACUUUGGAAGACAGUGGGCAAUACAUGUGCCGCGCCAAAAACAAUGUUGGGGAAGCCUAUGCUGCUGUGAGCCUUAGGGUGGGUCUGCCAGAGCAGCUGGUGGAUCGAGCACCUGUGUUUAUGGUGAAGCCUAUGUCUGCACGAGUUGGCCUGGGAGGCGAUGUCACCUUCUACUGUCGGGUGGCAGCUCACCCUGAUCCUAACUUUGAAUGGGAGAAGGACGGCCGUUAUAUUGGUGAGACAAAUCGUAUCAAAAUCACCUCUGACAGUGAAGGCAGCUCCUUGCGGAUCCAAAGUGUGCGCAGCCUUGACAGCGGAACCUAUACCUGUCGUGCUCAAAACACAGUCGGUCGGUCUCAUGCAGCUGCCACUCUUGUAGUGGACCUCCAAGAUGCCUAUCAAAUUGUUAAUGCAGACAAAAGCACAUCCCUUUUGUCACACCUCCAGAAACGAAAGGAGGAGAUGAGAAAAGAUAUCUCCUUUCAUCGAACCACAGAAAGCACUUCAUCCUCUCUCUCUAGCUCAAAGAUCACUGACGAUCUCAGCACCCUCUGUCUUGGACAAGACAAUGAUCAACGUGCCUCCGACUUUUCUUACAAGUUGCCAAAAGGUGUCUUUACUCGCACAUGUAUGGUGACUGAGGGGAAGCAUGCAAAACUCAGCUGUUUUGUCACAGGUCAUCCCAAGCCCCACAUUGUUUGGCGGAAGGAUGGUUCAAACAUCACUGAAGGCAGACGGCAAGUAAUGUAUGAGGAUCAUGCGGAGAACUUCAUCCUCAAGAUUUUAUACUGUAAACAGAGUGACAAUGGCCUGUACACCUGCAAUGCCUCAAAUAUGGCUGGACAGACAUACAGUGCUGUGUUGGUGAUUGUUAAAGAACCCAAGGUCCCCUUCAAGAGGAAGCUGCAGGAUGUGGAGGUACAGGAAAAGACCACAGCAAUGCUCUUCUGUGAGGUUCCUGCAGCAGCCUCUCAAGCCAACUGGUUCAUGGAGGAGACACGCUUGGAAGAGAGUGGCAAAUACCGAAUGGAGGAGAAGGGGACAUUGCGCCGCCUCACCAUCCACAAUGUCACAACCAAUGAUGAUGCUGUUUACAUCUGCGAAAUGUCAGAGGGGAGCCGCACUGUUGCGGAGCUCACUGUUCUGGGUAACAUCACAAAGAAACUCCCGCGUAGGACAGUUGUUCCUGUGAGUGACACAGUCAUAUUCUGUGUAGAGCUUGAAAAACCUUGUGAGGUCUCCUACUGGACAAGAAAUGGCGUUAAGCUGCUUGAAGACUCACGCAUCAGCAUUGCACAUAGUGUACGGCAAUACACUUUAACCAUACGUGACUGCACGGCCGAAGACUCAGGAGAAGUAGCUUUCGUCGCAGGGGAUUGCAAGACCUCAACUCAUUUCACUGUUACUGCCCCAAGAAAGCACCCACCAGAUGCCCCAAUAGACCCUGUGGUACGGAACAAGACUGAUUCAUCCAUCACCCUGUGCUGGUCACCUCCAGAGAGUGAUCGUCCAGUGCCAAUCAAAGGAUAUUUAAUCGAUAGAAGAAAACUGGGAGGUCACACGUGGGUGAAGUGCAACACUACAAGCACAGUGCCCUACACCCACUACACGGUCAGCAACAUUACAGAAGAAGGCAGCUAUGAGUUCCGCAUCUCUGCUGUAAAUGACUUUGGCCGAAGCUCCUGCCUUGAUGUUCCCGGAACAUUCUUCCUUGAACCGUCAGCAAACAUAACACAAGGCCUAGUUAACGCCAGUGCCACCUCUGGGGAGGAGGUUACGUUGACAUUGGAGCUCUCUGCUGUCUGCUCAGGCUCCUGGAAGUUAAAUAAUACUCUCCUACGCAGUGGCUCUGACUACCUUAUCACACGUUCAAAGACCACUCAUACGCUUCUCAUCCGUGAGGCCACUGUUGAGCUGAAUGGGGCUGAAGUGAAGUUUGUUGGUGGUGGCUCAGAGAGUAUUUGCACACUUAAUGUGAAAGCUCCACAAGCCCACUUCACAAGACAGUCCAGUGAGACAGAAGUUUUUGGCUUCGUAGCGUACACAUCGGCCAAGCUGCAGACUGAAGUGUCAGAUCCAAAUGUCCAGGUCUCAUGGAUGAAGGAGGGCAAGGAAAUUAAGGCAGGGAAAAAGUAUGAGUGCCUGUCCACCGACCGGAUGCGUGUUCUUGUGAUACACAAAAUCACACAUGAAGACACUGGCAUAUAUGAGUGUGUUUGUGAUGGAGAUAGAAUGUUCAUCCAGGUUGCUCUUAAAGAUGAACCGGGCAGGUUUGUAAAUAAGUCUAAGAGUGAAGGAACUGCCAUGCAACUCAGUGGUAAUAUUGAGCUCAGCUGUGAGGUGUCUACUAAUGACACAGCUGUGGUUUGGAAGAAAGAGCAGAAAGAACUAAAGGAAGACCAGAGGACAUCAAUGUUUUCCCAAGGAACAAAGCGCAAGCUCAUCAUUAAGGGUGCCAAGCAGAGUGAUGAGGGACACUACUCAUGUGAAACAGCAGAGGACAAGGUGACAUUCCAGGUCAAGAUUAAAGAAUCUCAAACGGAUACAUUCAUCAACAAAGGGUCUAUUCAGACGGAAGUAAAAGCUACAAUAUCUGAGAAGGCAACUUUGAGUUGUGAAGUGGCCAACUCAAAGACCGAAGUCAAAUGGUACAAGGAUGGUCAUCUGUUGACCUCAAGUAAAAGCGUCCACAUGGAGAUGAAGGGCAAAACACGUCAGUUGGUGUUGGACAGUGUGGAGAAGAAGGAUGCUGGGGAGUUCAUCUGUGAGGCUGGCAAAGAGAAACUAGUGUUCAAGAUUCACGUAGCAGAAAUCCAGGAAGCUGGCUUUGCUAAUAAGGAGUCUGUCCAAAAGGAGGUUAAAGCUGCCAUCUCUCAGAAAGCUACUCUAAGCUGUGAAGUGGCCAACUCAAAGACAGAAGUCAAAUGGUACAAGGAUGGUAAUCUGUUGAGCUCAAGUAAAAGCGUCCACAUGGAGAUGAAGGGCAAAACACGUCAGUUGGUGUUGGACAGUGUGGAGAAGAAGGAUGCUGGGGAGUACAUCUGUGAGGCUGGCAAAGAGAAACUAGUGUUCAAGAUUCAUGUAGCAGAUAUCCAAGAAGUUGGUUUUGCUAAUAAGGAGUCUGUCCAAAAGGAGGUUAAAGCUGCCAUCUCUCAGAAAGCUACUCUAAGCUGUGAAGUGGCCAACUCAAAGACAGAAGUCAAAUGGUACAAGGAUGGUCAUCUGUUGAGCUCAAGUAAAAGCGUCCACAUGGAGAUGAAGGACAAAACACGUCAGUUGGUGUUGGACAGUGUGGAGAAGAAGGAUGCUGGGGAGUACAUCUGUGAGGCUGGCAAAGAGAAACUAGUGUUCAAGAUUUAUGUAGCAGAUAUCCAAGAAGUUGGUUUUGCUAAUAAGGAGUCUGUCCAAAAGGAGGUUAAAACUACCAUCUCUCAGAAAGCUACUCUAAGCUGUGAAGUGGCCAACUCAAAGACAGAAGUCAAAUGGUACAAGGAUGGUAAUCUGUUGAGCUCAAGUAAAAGCGUCCACAUGGAGAUGAAGGGCAAAACACGUCAGUUGGUGUUGGACAGUGUGGAGAAGAAGGAUGCUGGGGAGUACAUCUGUGAGGCUGGCAAAGAGAAACUAGUGUUCAAGAUUCAUGUAGCAGAUAUCCAAGAAGUUGGUUUUGCUAAUAAGGAGUCUGUCCAAAAGGAGGUUAAAACUACCAUCUCUCAGAAAGCUACUCUAAGCUGUGAAGUGGCCAACUCAAAGACAGAAGUAAAAUGGUACAAGAAUGGUCAUCUGUUGAGCUCAAGUAAAAGCGUCCACAUGGAGAUGAAGGGCAAAACACGUCAGUUGGUGUUGGACAGUGUGGAGAAGAAGGAUGCUGGGGAGUACAUCUGUGAGGCUGGCAAAGAGAAACUAGUGUUCAAGAUUCAUGUAGCAGAUAUCCAAGAAGUUGGUUUUGCUAAUAAGGAGUCUGUCCAAAAGGAGGUUAAAGCUGCCAUCUCUCAGAAAGCUACUCUAAGCUGUGAAGUGGCCAACUCAAAGACAGAAGUCAAAUGGUACAAGGAUGGUAAUCUGUUGAGCUCAAGUAAAAGCGUCCACAUGGAGAUGAAGGGCAAAACACGUCAGUUGGUGUUGGACAGUGUGGAGAAGAAGGAUGCUGGGGAGUACAUCUGUGAGGCUGGCAAAGAGAAACUAGUGUUCAAGAUUCAUGUAGCAGAAAUCCAAGAAGUUGGUUUUGCUAAUAAGGAGUCUGUCCAAAAGGAGGUUAAAGCUGACAUUUCUGAAAAAGCUACUCUAAGCUGUGAAGUGGCCGAUUCAAAGACCGAAGUCAAAUGGUACAAGAAUGGUCAUCUGUUGAGCUCAAGUAAAAGCGUCCACAUGGAGAUGAAGGGCAAAACACGUCAGUUGGUGUUGGACAGUGUGGAGAAGAAGGAUGCUGGGGAGUACAUCUGUGAGGCUGGCAAAGAGAAACUAGUGUUCAAGAUUCAUGUAGCAGAAAUCCAGGAAGCUGGCUUUGCUAAUAAGGAGUCUGUCCAAAAGGAGGUUAAAGCUGCCAUCUCUCAGAAAGCUACUCUAAGCUGUGAAGUGGCCAAUUCCAAGACCGAAGUCAAAUGGUACAAGGAUGGUCAUCUGUUGAGCUCAAGUAAAAGCGUCCACAUGGAGAUGAAGGGCAAAACACGUCAGUUGGUGUUGGACAGUGUGGAGAAGAAGGAUGCUGGGGAGUACAUCUGUGAGGCUGGCAAAGAGAAACUGGUGUUCAAGAUUCAUGUAGCUGAAAUCCAGGAAGCUGGCUUUGCUAAUAAGGAGUCUGUCCAAAAGGAGGUUAAAACUACCAUCUCUCAGAAAGCUACUUUAAGCUGUGAAGUGGCCAACUCAAAGACAGAAGUCAAAUGGUACAAGGAUGGUCAUCUGUUGAGCUCAAGUAAAAGCGUCCACAUGGAGAUGAAGGGCAAAACACGUCAGUUGGUGUUGGACAGUGUGGAGAAGAAGGAUGCUGGGGAGUACAUCUGUGAGGCUGGGAAAGAGAAAAUAAUGUUCAAGAUUCAUGUAGCAGAAGAACAUCUGAAAUUUUCUCUGCCUUUGGAGUCUACGACUGCAGUGCUGGAGGAUGUCCUCACCCUGGUUUGCCAGCUUAACAGGCCCAAAGGCGAUGUGGUUUGGCGGCACAAUGGGAUAGAGAUCAAGAGUGGUGGAAGGCACAUCAUCAACACUGAUGGCAUGAGAUGCAUUCUGACAGUGACUGGAGUUUCCAAGGAGGAUGAGGGGGAGUAUAGCUGUGAAAGCAAGGAUGACAAGACAUCUGCCAAUGUCAAUAUAAAAGCUCCUAGAUUGGUGAGAUUUACCUCCAAAUUGAGUGACAUUGUUGCAGUUGAAAACACAGAAUGCACUUUCAAAUGUUCCAUUACCCCUGCUGAUGUCACAGUGAAAUGGCUGAGAAACGGUAUUCCACUUACAUCUGGGCCCAAGUAUAAGAUUGCACAUGGAGGGAACAAUCAUUCUCUCACUAUAACUAACAUUUGUCAAGAAGAUGCUGGGGAGAUUUCUAUUGAGGCAGAAGAAAAGCUCUCAACUGCAACACUACAAGUCCAGCAGGUCCCAGUUACCUUUAAGAAGAAACUUCAGGACCUCACAGUUGAGGAGCAGGAUGAAGUGCGUCUUGAGGUCGAGUUGAGUAAGCCAUCCAAUGAAGUAAAAUGGAUGAAGAAUGGUGUUGUUGUUCAACCUGGAGGCAGUGUAGAUAUCAUUGUGGAAGGUGCCAGACAAACCCUUCUUUUCAAGAAUGUGACCCAGGGUGAUAGAGGACACUACUCAUGCGAGACGUUGGAUGACAAGACCCAAGCCAAGCUCACAGUGGAAAUGAGAAAGAUUAAGGUGGUAAAGGGAUUUGCAAAGGAAACAAAGGUUACUGAAGAAGAAUCCAUAACAUUUGAGGUCGAACUGAGUCAAGUUGUAGAAGAAGGCACCUGGAUGAAAGAUGGCAAGAAAUUAAAAGCAGGAACAAACUGUGUCAUUACCAGACAUGGCAAAAAACAUUCCUUGACAAUAUCCAAGUUAACAACAGAGGAUGCUGGGAUGAUUGUCUUCCAAGCAGAAGGUGUCCAUGUUUCUGGCAAGCUGAUCAUCACAGAGCCUGCAGCUACAAUUGCUCAACCACUCAAAGACAUUAAAUGUCCUGAAAAGGAGAAGGUGACUUUUGAGUGUGAAGUGUCAAAAACUACUGCAGAUGUGAAGUGGUUUAAGAAUGACAUGGAGCUAAAACCAGGGAAGGAUAUUGCCAUUCGAUCCCAGGGUCGCAAGCGUAUCCUUGUCAUACACAAAUGUACUUAUGAGGACCAGGGCGAGUACUUAUGCCGCACAGCUGAUGAUAACACAGCAGCAACGCUGACUGUGCAUGCACGGGAUAUCAAAAUUGUGAGGCCCCUGAAGGAUAUAGAGAUUAUGGAGAAGGAAAGUGCUUCAUUUGUCUGUGAGGUCUCCCAUGAUGAGGUAGAAGGAAAGUGGCACAAAGAUGGUGUCUCAAUCAAACCAGGAGACAACAUAAAGAUUAGACAGGAGGGACAGACUUUCACUCUUCUGUUCAAAUCUGUGACAAUAGAGGAUGCUUCAGAGAUUAAGUUCUCUGCUGAGAAUGCUUCAUCGAUGUCCAAACUCCGGGUAAAAGAGCAGGCCAUCAGCAUUGUGAAACAACUUUGCCCAGUGGAGGUCACAGAACCUUUCGCUGCUGUAUUUGAGGUGGAAAUCAGUAUGGAAUCUGUGAAGCCACCCAAGUGGAUGCUCACUGAUGUGGUACUUCAGGAAAGCACAGAUGUUGAGAUGGAAACAGAAGGGACCAUGCAUCGUCUCACCUUCAAAAAGACCAAAGCCUCAAUGUCAGGUCCUCUUCAGUUCAGUAUUGGCAAAAGCAAAUCUGUGGCUCAGCUCAUUGUUAAAGAACGACCCCUAGAGGUGGUGGAACCUGUCAAAGACAUGAUGGCCAAAGAAAAGACCUCUACCAACUUGAGCUGCAGGUUCUCUUCUCCACCCAAAGAAGUCAGGUGGUACAAAGAUGAAACCCUCCUGGUUACCUCACAAAAAUAUAGUAUGAAGCAGGAUGGUGCCAACGUACUGCUGACCAUCAAUAACCUGGCACCAGGUGAUAAAGGGGAGUACUGUUGUCAAAGUGGAACCUGUGAAAGUAAAGCAACUCUCACAGUAGAAGUUCGAGACAUCAAUUUCACAAAACACUUGGAGGAUGCAGAGGUGGAGGAGGAUGGGGAAGCCAUGUUCAGCUGUGAGCUUAAUUAUGCAGAUGAAGAAGUGUGUUGGCUUUUGAAUGAGAAGCAGUUGUGCUCAAAUGAAGUGAACACGAUUCGACAAGUGGGCAAGCGCCACACUCUCACUCUGAAGAAUCUCCCAGCUGAGGAUAGUGGAAUGAUCACAGUUACUGUCAGGGACAAGAAGGAAACAGCCUCCCUGAAGGUGAAAGAGAAAAAAGCUGUGUUUCUCAAGUCUUUGGACGAUGUGGUUGGGGAGGAGAAUGGGAAGAUCACAUUGAAGUGUGAAGCCUCAAAACCAAGGGUAUCCGUUGUCUGGAGGAAAGAUGGUGAGGUCCUUGCUGCCAGCUCCAAGUAUGAUCUUUUACAAACUGGCAAAGCCUUGGGUCUUACCAUUCAUGACAUCACCAAGGAGGAUGCUGGUGAAUAUAGCUGCGAUCUUGGCACAGACCUUGCCAAAUCUAAAGUGACUGUCAGAGAUAUUAACAUUGGAAUCACUAAGCGCUUGAAGCCAGUUGAAGCUAAAGCAGGAGAGACAUGCAGCUUUGAAUGUAUUCUGUCUCGAGAGAGCGCAGAUGCAUACUCCUGGAAUGUCAAUGGCAAUCCUGUCAGUGCUGGUGGACGCUUUGAUGUGAGCAAAAAGGGUCGCAAGUACACUUUGACCAUCGAACAUGUGACUAGCAGUGACACUGGUGAAGUCAUCUUCACCAUCAAAGACCUUGUCUCAAAAACCACUCUUUUUGUUGAAGGCACUGCUGUCAGUGUAUCCAGAGCGCUCCAAACCGUCUGUGCAGUGUCCGGAGAGGAUGCUGUAUUUAUUUGUGAACUGUCUGAGGCCAGCCCUGACAUCAAAUGGUCCAAGGAUGGGAAGGCCAUUAAAAAAAGUGAAAAGUAUGACAUGAUCCAGGAAGAAAAAGUCAUGAAGCUCACUAUUCACAAUGUCACUGACAAAGACUCAGGGACAUACUGUUGUGAAAUCCUGGGUGGACUCUCAACAAAAGCCAGCCUUGAAGUCCAGGCUUUACCUGUGACCUUCGUACAUGAACUUGAGAGCCAGGAUGCUGUAGAGGGAGGCAGUGCCAUUUUACACUGUGAGCUUUCCAGACCUGGAGUACCUGUGGAAUGGAGAAGAGGCCCUGAAGUGAUCAAGUCUGGACAGAAAUACCAAAUGAAGCUGGUUGAAUCCACUGUAGAGCUGAAGAUCUUAGAUCUGACACCUGAAGAUUCUGGAGUCUAUGUUUGUGAUUGUGGAAACAAUAGCACAUCAGCCAACGUCAAAGUAAAGGCUUUACCUGUGACCUUCGUACAUGAACUUGAGAGCCAGGAUGCUGUAGAGGGAGGCAGUGUCAUUUUACACUGUGAGCUUUCCAGACCUGGUGUACCUGUGGAAUGGAGAAGAGGCCCUGAAGUGAUCAAGUCUGGGCAGAAAUACCAAAUGAAGCUGGUUGAAUCCACUGUAGAGCUGAAGAUCUUAGAUCUGACACCUGAAGAUUCUGGACUCUAUGUUUGUGGUUGUGGAAACAAUAGCACAUCAGCCAACGUCAAAGUAAAGGCUUUACCUGUGACCUUCGUACAUGAACUUGAGAGCCAGGAUGCUGUAGAGGGAGGCAGUGCCAUUUUACACUGUGAGCUUUCCAGACCUGGAGUACCUGUGGAAUGGAGAAGAGGCCCUGAAGUGAUCAAGUCUGGACAGAAAUACCAAAUGAAGCAGGUUGAAUUCACUGUAGAGCUGAUGAUCUUAGAUCUGACACCUGAAGAUUCUGGAGUCUAUGUUUGUGAUUGUGGAAACAAUAGCACAUCAGCCAACGUCAAAGUAAAGGCUUUACCUGUGACCUUCGUACAUGAACUUGAGAGCCAGGAGGCCAUUGAGGGAAGCUGUGUCACUCUACGAUGUGAACUCUCCAAAUCUGGUGUACCUGUUGGAUGGAAGAAAGGUUCUGAAGUGAUAAGCUCUGGACAAAAAUACCAAAUGAAGCAAGCUGGAUCAAUUGUAGAGCUGAAGAUAUCAAAUCUGAUAACUGAAGAUUCUGGACUAUAUGUUUGUUAUUGUGGAGCCAAUAAGACAACUGCCAGCAUCAAAGUAAACGCAUUGCCUGUGAUCUUCGUUCAUGAGCUUGAGAGCCAGGAAGCUGUUGAGGGAAGCAGUGUAACUCUACGAUGUGAGCUCUCCAAGCCUGGAGUACCUGUGGAAUGGAGGAAAGGACUAUUAGUGCUCACAUCUGGAGAGAAAUACCAAAUGAAGCAAGUUGGAGCCGUUGUUGAGAUCACCAUCAAUUCAGUGAAAUGUGAGGACACGGGGGAUUAUUGCUGCAUCUCAGGAGCCAACCAUACCAAAGCCUUCAUUAAAAUCACUGCACCCGUGGUAUUGUUUAUGAAAGAGUUAGAAAAUCAAGAAGUUCUGGAGGGCAAAGAUGCCACUCUGUUUUGCACAACAUCCUGUCAAAAUGCCAAAGUCACCUGGAGGAAAGGUUUGGUGGAACUGGAAGAGGGCAAAAAGUAUUCCAUCCAGAAGGAAGGCACAACUCAUACACUGGUAGUCCACAGUGUGAAAGUGGAUGACAACGAUGAAUACAUUUGUGACACAGGAGAAAAACAAAGCAAAGCUACAUUAAUGGUCAAAGAAGCUCCAGCCUAUUUCCAGAAAGAGCUGAAGAAUCAGGAAGCAACAGAGGGUGACAGUGUUACACUAUGCUGUGAGCUCUCCAAACCAGGUGUUGCAGUAGAGUGGAGAAAAGGAGGAGUAGUUCUUCAGAGUGGCAAGAAGUACACCAUGAGACAAGAUAACCUCAUUCAGGAGCUCCUAAUACAUGACCUGGAUCCUGAGGACAAUGGUUAUUACACAUGUGAUGCAGGAGCACAGCUAACUACUGCCUCCGUGACAGUACAAGGUGAGGUGCACAUAGUUUCAGGUUUGCACAACACUGACAUCUUUGCGGGUGAGCAGGCUGUGUUUUCCUGCCAACUGUCUGGCCAGACACCUGGCAAAGUUCAAUGGUGGCUGGAUGGCACUCAGCUGGAUCAUGGCCCCUUCUGUGAGAUGGGGGAACUGUAUGGCCAAAUCUACACUCUCAGCUUUAAGAACCUUGCCCCUGAUGACUCAGGAAAUGUCACAUUUAAAGCAGGCAGCCUGGUGUCUUCUGCAAAACUCUUGGUUAAAGAUCCAUCUGUAGAGGUGGUCAGUGCCAUGGAAGAUCUGCAAGUGCCAGAGGGCCAGCCUGCAGAGUUCAUCUGCCAAUAUUCUCGGCCAGUCACAGCUGUCUGGAAAAGAGGUGGCCGACCACUGCAGUCUGAUGAUUGCAGGCUGACAGUGGAACAGGACUGGAACGUGGCUCGCUUGUACAUUAAAUCUGUUAUCCCGGAAGACAUGGGAUCAUACUCCUGUGAGGCAGAUGGCACCUCGGUGGUGGCUCACCUGGAGGUGCAAGUUAAGCCCAUUGACAUUGUUCAGGGUCUGGAGAAUGUGGAGGCAAUAGAUGGAGGGGAGGCUCUGUUUGAGUGUUCUCUUUCCCGCCCUGAAACCAAAGAUGUCAUUUGGCUGAUGAAUGGGAAACCUGUUUCCGAGUCAUCUUGUGUGGAGAUUGUGUCAUUUGAGAGUGGCCGACGACACCUCCUCCUUCUGAAGGAACUGCGUGCUGGUGACAAUACUGUGACCUUCCAGGCUGGCCCUGCCUCCACUACUGCCAUGCUGUCUGUCAAAGGCUUGCAGCUGAAGAUAAUGACAGCUCUUAAAGACAGAGAAGCUUUGGUUGGUGAACAAGUGGAGUUUGCUUGUGUGUUGAAUGAGGUGGUGGCAGAAAGUGAGGUGACUUGGUAUGUUAACGGAGCAGAGGUUAAUCCAGAUGACGACAGGACCAUAAGUUCAGAUGGCUGUACUUACAGACUCUCCCUGAAGGCGGUUCAAGCUCAGACAGCUCAAGAGAUUACAUUUGCUGCACAAGAUGCCAUUUCCAUGGCUAAGCUCACUGUUAUUGGUCCACCUGAUCCCCCUGAGGAUCCUGAGUUAGUGAGCAAAAUCAAAGACUCAGUGACCCUGUCCUGGUUCACACCUCUUCAUGAUGGGGGCAGCACCAUCCUUGGCUAUAGACUGGAAAUGCGUCAGCUAGAGAGUGCCCUCUGGAUGCCAUGCCACACUGAGCCUGUGUGCAACACAGAGUUUACUGUAGGAAACCUCAUCCCUGGCAUGGGAUAUUGCUUUCGUGUAGCUGCCAUUAACCGUGCAGGAAUCGGAGAGCCAAUUCAACUGCCCCAGACUGUGCAGCUUGCAGAGAUGCCAGUGUCUGUAACUGAACAAGUGGACAGCAUCAAGUCUCAACUCACCGAGAUUUCCUUCCUAGAGGCUGAGACCUUGAAGAGCAUAGAAGCAGAGAUGACAGUGUCUGUAACCGAACAAGUACACAGCAUCAAGUCUCAACUCACCAAGACUUCCUACCUAGAGGCUGAGUCAUCUAAGACCAUAGAAGGAGAAGCCACUGAGACCUCACAGGAAGAGCCAGGAGACAGCAGCCAACCCAGUCUGCCUCCCGAAGCUGCCUCUGACGAUCUGCAUGCACUUUGGGAUGCAGUUGCCAAGAAGAGGCGCAUGAGCCGUGAGCCCACUCUUGAUUCCAUCCCUGAGGAAGAAGGCAAAGAAAAACGCAAAGAGGACGGUGUAACCAAAGAUGAAGCAAAGCCUGAGGAACUACAGUUAACCCCAGAACCCAGCCUUCAUAUCAGCACUGAUGAUGACCCUGUUAGUGGCACACCUUCACUUGUGGACCUCACAAAGACAAGCAUAUCUACUACUACUACUACUACUACUCAUCAAACUGAGAUCAUCUCCUCUGAGAAAGUCUGUGAGAUCAAGAUAGAAGAGCAACAGACAUCAGGAGAGACCACUGUUUUAGACAUAGACAAUGAGAAUGAACCAGAGCUGCUUGAGGCUGCUGUCAAAAUCCAGGCUGCGUUCAAGGGAUAUAAGGCACGAAAGGACAUGCGACCAAUCUUCAAAGAGGUUUUCAAGGAUCAGACCAAAGAGCCCAAUAGUACCAUUCAUUUGGAAUGUGUUACUGACAGCAAGCCAGACAAGGUUCGAUGGCUUAAGGACAAUGAUCCGCUAGUUGAUGGCAAACACCACCACAUUGACAUCUAUAAUGAUGGCACCUGUUCACUUGUGGUCACUGCUGCCACCACAAAAGACACAGGUGUGUAUGCUUGUGAAGUCACUAAUAAGUUUGGGGUGGCCACACACAGUGCCAAAGUGACAGUGGGCUCUCUCCGAGAGUCAUCAGGACGCCGACCCCUGACACUGACUUAUGGCUAUAGUGCUGAUAGUGAGCCUGAGAGCUCAUCAGGAAGUGAGAUGGAUGAGUCACUACGACAGGCCAGCAAGCGUCUGAGGCGGCUCCUGCGCACCCGCCUACCACCAAAUGUUGAGGAAGAGUCAUUUAUAAGUGCCGAUGAGGGUGAGCUGCAGCCGCCCGACCCUCAUUCUUACCGUGAGGAUGACCGCUAUAUUUACAUUCGCUUUGAUACUCGAGCUGAAGCAGAAGUGGCAUCACAACGUUUCCAGGAAAUGUUCACAGCACAAGGGGUUCCAGUGGAAACAACCAUUUUGGAGGCCAAACCCCCGCAAAAGGUAGAGCUGCGCAUCAUGAAGAUGGGUUAUGUUCAAGAUGGAUCUCAGACACCAACCCAAGAUCGCCAGCCACCUGCAUUCAUGACAGGGGCCCCUGCGGCUCCAGUUUUCCUGACUGAGCUCCACAGUCAGGAUGUGCCAGACGGUUACCCAGUGAGUUUUGACUGUGUAGUGAUUGGUAAGCCACCACCCACGGUUCGCUGGUUCAAGGAUGGGAAGCUGCUGGAGGAGAAUGAUCACUACAUGAUCAAUGAAGACCAGGAGGGCUGUCACCAGCUCAUCAUCACAUCAGUGUUACCCUCUGACAUGGGUGUAUACCGCUGUAUGGCAGAGAAUGACAGUGGCAUGGCCUCCACAAAGGCUGAACUUAGGGUGGACUUGUCUUGCAGCUCUGACUAUGACACAGCUGCUGAUGCCACAGAAACCUCUUCUUAUGUCAGUGCAAAGGGUUAUGUUUCACGGACUGAAACUGAGGCUUUUGAGUCAGUUGCUGAAGAGGAGCAGCUUCCACAAGUUCUGGAUGAGUUGCAUGAUGUCCAUGUCAGCCCUGGUGCACCCAUAGCUAAAAUGCAGGUCAAGGUCAAAGGGUACCCUAGGCCAAGACUUUACUGGUUUAAAGACGGGUGUCCUCUACGGCCUUCAAGCAGAAUUAUUUUGUCCACUGAAAGGGAUCUGCACAGUCUAGAGGUCCUAGAGGUUACACGUGAAGACACGGGAGAGUACUCUGCCUACAUCAGCAAUUCAGCAGGCUCAGCUUACUCCUCUGCUAGGAUGAUUGUUAUGGGACCUGGAGAAUGUUUACCAGAGGAUAAAAGAGCCAAAGAUUCAAAAGAACCACUACUGCCUCCACGAUUCCUGGAAAGGUUCAAUAACAGGAAUGUGAAGCAGGGUGCAAGCAUUACUCUGUCUGUAAAAGUCGAAGGCUCCCCCUCUCCAAUGGUCUCUUGGCUGAAAGAGGAGUCUGGAGAAGAUGUGCUUUGGAUCAAGCCAGACACUAAGGGUUACAAGGUGGCUAGCUCAGGCUUGCAGCACAACCUGAUCCUAAUGGAUGUUGGAAAAGAGUACACUGGAACCUACACUUGCAUUGCCACCAACAGGGCUGGUCAAUCUGUCUGUACCGCCCACCUGGAGGUGGAGGAAGUAUCAUCAGAGAAGAAGGAUAAAAUCACACCAGAGGUUCUUGGCAUCACUAUAAGUCCACCAGAAGAGGAGGCCAGCAAAGCUGAAGAGAGCAAACUUGCCUAUCUCGGUGGAGUGGGUACAGAAGAGUUCCUUCAGAAACUCACAACCCAGAUUACUGAGAUGGUAUCUGCCAGAAUAACUCAAGCUUCACUUCGUGUCCCAGGGGCUGACAGUGAUGAUGAGACAAAGACACCCUCUCCUUCACCCCAUCAUGGGCGAUCCCGCCCUCCUUCACUCAUCAUGGAUUCCUCUUCUGAGUCAGAUGAGGGUGAUGCCCGUGGAGAGAUGUUUGACAUUUAUGUGGCCACUGCUGACUACAACCCAACAAUUGCUAGUAAAGAAACAAUAGCACUGAAGGAGGGACAGUAUGUGGAGGUGCUGGACUCUGCUCACCCACUGAAAUGGCUGGUGCGCACCAAACCAACAAAAAGCACACCAUCCCGUCAGGGCUGGGUUUCACCUGCUUACUUGGAUAAACGACUGAAGCUUUCUACAGAUGCAGGAGAGCCCUCUGAGUGCACUGGGGAGGAGGUUACUGAAGGAGAGUACAAGAGGAAGCUGUGUCAACUCAUCCAAGAGAUGAUUAACAGUGAGGCAGAGUAUGUGAAAGAGAUGGAAUUCGUCUCAUCCCACCAUCUGAAGCAAAUGGAGAGUGAGGAGGUCCCACCUGAGAUGGCAAGCCAGAAGGACACUAUAUUUAGAAACAUUGAUGACAUCAAAGCCUUUCAUUCCAGCUGCAUUCUCCCUGGCCUCAAUGAGUGUGAUACAGAUGAUGAUGUAGCCAUGCAACUCCUGAAAAAUACUGAAGGGUUUGAGAAAUAUUUACAGUACUUGGUGAGCCAGCGCCAAGCUGAAGCUGCUAUAAGUGAGAAGAUCACCCACCAGUAUUUCAAGAAAUACAGUGACAGUGAACUUGCAAAUCUUGAUCCCUCUGAAGGUCCUGUUCUGAGUGUAAAUGCAUACAUUCAAAGACCAGUGGAGAGAGUUCAAAAAUACAAGACUUUUCUAAAGGAGUUAAUUAAAAACAAGGCAAGAAAUGGACAAAACUGCUGCCUGUUGGAGGAGGCUUAUGCCAUGGUGUCCUCCCUGCCUCAACGGUCUGAGAACACGCAUCAUGUUUCUCUCAUAGAGAACUACCCUGCUACCCUGGAGGUCCUGGGCGAGCCCAUUCGGCAGGGACCGUUUACAGUGUGGGAAGGUGCUCCGGGAAUCAGGACAUCAUCCAGAGGCCAUCAUCGGCACGUCUUCCUCUUUAAAAACUAUGUCAUUAUUUGCAAACAAAAACGAGGCACCAAUGCAGACUCUCAGGCUUACAUCUUUAAGAACAUGAUGAAGCUGAACAAUAUUGAUGUAAAUGAGACAGUGGAAGGAGAUGAAAGAGCCUUUGAGAUUUGGCAUGAGCGGGAGGACUCUGUCAGGAAGUACACUCUGCAGGCACGGACUGUCAUCAUUAAAAACUCAUGGCUGCGAGACCUACGUGACCUGCAGCAGCGCUACAGUCUACCAGCCUGGAGUCCACCUGAUUUUGUUGAGAUUCUGGCAGAUUGUACAGCAGAGCUGGGACAAACAGUGAAAUUGGCUUGCAAAGUUACAGGCACCCCCAAGCCCACAGUGGUGUGGUAUAAGGAUGGCCGUGCUGUAGAGGCAGACCCUCACCACAUCAUCAUAGAGGAUCCUGAUGGCUCAUGCACUCUGAUCCUGGACAACAUGACCGCAGAUGACUCUGGCCAGUAUAUGUGUUUUGCUACAAGCUCUGCAGGCAAUGCCAGCACUUUGGGAAAGAUCACUGUGCAAGUUCCACCUCGCUUUGUGAACAAAAUUCGAAAUGCUACUCUAAUUGCUGGUGAGGAUGCUCAGUUCACAUGCACUAUUCAAAGUGCUCCAAAUCCUAAAAUCAGAUGGUUUAAAGAGGGGCGCCUGUUAACUGAUCAAGAAAAAUACCAGACGUACAGUGAGCCCCGCAGUGGUGUCCUUGUCCUAAUCAUUAAAAACCCUGGUGAGAGGGACCUGGGACAUUAUGAAUGUGAGCUAUCUAAUCGUCUCGGCAGUGCCAGGUGUGGAGCUGACUUGUGCCAUCCCAUUGUAGCCAUGGCCAGUGACCGCAGAGGAGAACAAGCCAUUACAAUUGAAGUGACAGAACAAGAGACAAAAGCUCCAAAGAAAACCAUUAUCAUAGAGGAGACCAUUACUACUGUGGUAAAAAAUACUAGAUUGAAGCGCCACAUGUCCCCACGCACCUCUGCCAUGGGAAUGUACCAUAGUGAGACCUCCACCCCUGAACCUCCAAGACAAAGACGCCUGAUGCCGAGGAAAGCUGUACCAACACUCUAUGUCACAGAACCAGAUGGUGCCACAGGGAAGAAUCCCAAAUGGGUUGAAGUGGAGGAGAUCAUUGAAUAUAAGGUUAAUAAGUCCCCUAAGCUACCGCGGAGACGGGGUGCCUCUCCUGCUCGACCAGAAAGAGAGCAUGUCACCUCCACUAGACCCAAGAAGUCCUCACAGACCAACCCCAAUGCAAAUAACAACAACAACAACCUUGUGGAAGUCAUCCAGGCAUCACAUUCACAACAGGACCCAAAUACCACACUGAAUUUGGACAAUGUUGAAAACUUAGCUCCAAAUGUACCACAGAUAGAUGCUGAAACAAAUGAAGAACACUCAUCACAGGCCACUUGGUUAGGACAGGUUCAUCACCCUGAAGGGAUGAGUGGUCAUCACACCUCUGUUUUUGAAGAUGGAGAGGCAGGGAGCAAACGUAAAGAAGAACCUCCCUUUAUUGUAGAGUCAGAAUCGGAAAUUGAUGCAUUUGUAGGUACUACAAGCUUGCCAUGUGGAAAUGGCCAUGUGGUCAUCCUAGAAGACUUAGAGGACUAUGUCCCACAAGAUUGGGAGGCAUAUGGCAGAGCAGUAGCUCCACGUACCUCCCGUGUGACUCCCUGUGAGGUUUCUGUCAUACAAAAGGACAUCAGUGAACCCACUGUUGGUCAGCCUGUGAUAUUGAACCUUGACUGGCCUGAGUGUAAGCCUAAGCCCAACAUAGGUGUCUUUAACCGCUUCAGAGAAUAUCUUUCUGGCUUUACCACAGUACUUCCCACUUCCAGGAGCCAGAAGGAACAGCACAAACACACAAGGAAUUCUUGUGCCACCAAUCAGCUCACUUUCACCGUAGGGGCACAUGAGAGCCACACUAAGAUGGAGGUCAAACCCCAAUAUUGCUCCGAAAUUCAAAGGAAUAUUAAGGAUAACCAAAUGAGCUUUAAGACUCGAGUGUCUGCAAAUACUCAAGGCUAUGUAGCUGUUGGAGAAAGCAUGCCUUCUCAGAUAAUGAAGAACAAUCUGAAUCAGAAGCAAUAGUCUGGCAGUCAGUUGAAAUGAGUUAAGAUUCUCUAUUGCACAUCAGAUAUCACAAAUGAGGACUCGCAGUAGUCCUUUUAGUCUUAACAGGGAACAGUUCUGUAAAAUCUACUUUCAAUGGCAUAUUUUGACCUUAUGUUUGCUCCAAAAGGCAAACCAUUCCAGUUAAUGUAUAAGACCUUGAUCAAAUCUAAUACACUGUGGCCAUUUAAUUCCUUUGUGUUAAAAAGGCCUGUUUCAGUAACCAUGCUAUCCAUCACAAGUAUGCUGUUGUAGGUGUGAGUAUGUUUGAAGCACAAAUCUGGGGGGGGAAAAGCACAAAUGCCUUCAAAUGAAUAGCUGUCAGGCAGUUUUACUUAGUUAUGUGAUACUGUCAAGUCAAGUCAAGUCAAGUCAAGUCAAGUCAAUGUAUUUAUGUAGCACAUUUAACACAUCAAAAGUUGACCCAAAGUGCUAUACAAAUAAUAAGUGAAUUGAAAUACUACAAUAUACUAUUCCUGCAUACAAGGAACAAAGAGAACGUAAUAGAAGAAUAAAGAGUAAACACUCCAGAAGAAAGGAUAAUAACAGAUCAAGCAUAAAGCAAGUAAAAUAAUUUAAUAAAACAAGGUGAUAUUAAUUUAAUUUAAUGAAUGAAUGAAUGAAUUUAAAUAAUAAUUGAAUAUAAUACAACGCACAUAGAAGAAUAAGAUAAAUUAAGAAUAGACUUUACUACUAAGACCAUGGAGGAACUUGGGGUCUACUUAGAGAGAGGGUUGGAUUUUAGAUUUUCAAUGGCGAGACAAGACUUGAUAUGUUAUGGAAGACUAUUCCAGAGCUGGGGGAAGCAACAGUGAAGGUCCAGCGUCCUGUUGUGACGCAUAUUUGUCUGCACAGCCAAAUCCUGUUCGUCAACAGAACACUGUUUGCCUAAUUUCUCUAAAAUCACAUCUGGAGAAGAUCUUUAAUCAAUCAUAUCAGUAUUCAGUGUCUCAUUGAUCUUGUUGCCAGACUAUUGUAAAUGUGUCCUCACAGCAUGAGCACUUGCAAUUAAUUGCAUAAUGUGGUGCUUAUACAACAUUGCAUUGCAAGUGUCACUGCGACAUUGCAUUGUAGUGACACUUGCAUGAAGGUUUGAAACAUGGCCUCAUAUGUUUCUACCCUUGACUUGAGGUCUGAGCUUGCCAAAGCAAAUAUCUAUGACAACUAACAAUCACAUAGGGGCACUACAAUUCAUGUUCAAAAUUAGUUUUUAUGUUUUGAGAAUGUGCAACCUUAGUGAAAAUAGAACAGGAGAAAUGGGUUUUGGUUGAUUUUGUGCAACUGAGAAUACAGGUUUGAGAACCACUAUGACAACAUUUGCAGUUAACACUUAUUACAGAUGAUUUCGUAAUAACACUUAUUCUAGAUGAUUUCUUUAAAGAUGUGAUUGAAAGAUUUGAUGCAUAUCAUUAAAUAUAGUUACAUAUUGCUCAAAAUGAAUUACUAAAAUGGCAGGGUUGUUGUUGAUAUUUCAUUGUAGAGACAACUGUCAAAUAUUUCCCCACUAUUAAUGUGUGCGUGCACUCUUCCUUGUAUUAUUGUGUUUUGUUUUACUGGAUAGUAAAUUAGUACAGUAAAUGGAGAGGGACAACCUGAGUGCCUGUGAGUAAGUAGAUGUAAAUUAAAUUUGCUUGUGUUGGAGUUUUGAGUAAUAAAUGUCUUGCAGAGUA